AUGACCAAGCCUAUCGAAGUGAUUAUGGUUCUCGAGGAACUCAAUAUUCCCUAUGAGAUUAAGACCGUUCGUUUUGAAGAUAUCAAAAAGCCACCAUUUAUCGACCUCAAUCCCAACGGUAGAGCACCAGCAAUCAAGGAUCCAAACACCAAUCUUACCCUCUGGGAAUCUGGUGCCAUCGUGCUCUACCUAAUCGAGCAUUACGACAAGGAAAAGAAAUUAACCUACGAGUCUUUACAAGAAAAAGCUAUUCUUACACAAUGGCUCAUGUUUCAAAUGAGCGGACAAGGUCCAUACUUUGGACAGUGCGGUUGGUUCAACGUCCUCCACUCCGAAAAAGUACCUUCCGCCAUAGAGCGCUACAAUACUGAAAUCCGACGCAUUCUCCGAGUUCUCGACGACACUCUUUCCGCAGAGGAUAAUCCGAUCCGAGAAUUUCCCAAUGUGGAUGCCUGGCAUAGUCGUGUUACGGCUAGAAGGACUUGGAAAAAAUGUAUGGAGAUUAGAGCUGGGUUGAUGGAGGAAUUGGGUUUGAUGUCGAAUGGAAUGCCAAAGGGUGUGGGUAAUAUGGAGGAAUAUCAAGCGAGGAUUAAGAAGGAGGAGAGUGCUGUUAAGGCUUGGGCAUACUGUUACAGAGAUGAAUCUUGA